ACUGAUGGAUUGAUGAUGGAAAUAACUGCCCGCUGCAGCCCUGUUCAACACAUGUUGACGACUUUGUUGACUGCUUGUUUGUUUGCAGGGGAAGACAGCAGCCCAGAGAACCUGCUGCUUCACGGUCCGUUCUCCAGGAAACCCAAACGGAUCCGGACGGCAUUCUCGCCCUCCCAGCUGCUGCGACUGGAGCGAGCCUUCGAGAAGAACCACUACGUAGUCGGAGCCGAGAGGAAGCAGCUGGCCAGCGGCCUGUGUCUGACCGAGACGCAGGUCAAGGUUUGGUUCCAGAACCGCCGGACGAAGCACAAGCGCCAGAAGCUGGAGGAAGAGUCGCCCGAAGCUCAGCAGAAGAGGAAGGGAAGCCAACACGUUAGUCGCUGGAGAGCAGCGACGCAGCAGCAGGCCAGCGGUGAGGACGUGGACAUCAUCAGCGAGGACUAAAGGAAGACGAGGACGCCGCCCAGCCGCCACACAACACUGCACUGUCACAAACACACACAACAACCACCAUGAAGUCAAAGUCAGAGCUGCGUUCAGGCGCCUUUUACAUGUUCAAAACAAGAAAAAGAUGCACCACAGCAGCUUCGCAAAUGUUAGCAGCAGAACCAAAUCUGUCAUCAAAUCUGAGGCAGAUUUUUUUUGAUACUCAUCAAGAAGUAAAGUUUACUUUUAAUGCAAUGUUUUACUGAAAGUAGAACUGCAGAAUUUCUUUAAAACAAAGUCAAACUGAAAGAUCUAGACAUUUAUCUGGCUCUAAAAGAGACAAUAAUUUCUAGUCAUAUAAUUAAUUUUUCAUUAAACACAACCUGGAUAAGCAGCAGAAGAGAUGCACAAAAAAGUUAGCAAAUAAAAACAGCCGACAGAUUUAACAUCUCCUGGUAAAGUCACAUAAAAAAUAUCAAAUUUGAGGCUUUAAUACUUUUUAAAGGGCAUUUUCUGGAGGAAACUGACAUCAGAACUUGCAGAAAACCUGAAAACACAAACAGAACGCUCAAAAACACCAACAAGACGCUAACAAGCACCAAAACAAUGCUCAAAAACACCAACUAGAGAUUCAGAAACACCAACAAAACACGAACAAACACCAACACGAUGCUAACUAACAUCUACACGACGCUCACAAACACCAACAAGACGAUAACAAAGACCACCACAAUGCUAACAAAGACCACCACGACGCUCACAAACAUCUACACAACACUAACAAACACCAACAUUAUGCUCAAAAACACCAACAAGACGUUAACUAACACCAAUAAGACGCCAACAAACUCCAACACAACUCUCAAAAAUAUUAACAUAACGCUAACGAACACCAACAGAACACUCACAAACACCAAUGCGAUGCUAAAAAACACCAACACAACACUAGCAAACUCUAACACGAUGCUAACAAACUCCAACACAACGCU